AUGGCGCGCGACCACAACCCGUAUGAGGCGGAAAACCGUAUGGGCUCCGUCAAGGCCGUCUCCGGCCCAGUUGUCAUUGCGGAGAACAUGAGUGGUAGCGCGAUGUACGAGCUUGUCCAGGUAGGGUCCUUCCGGCUAGUGGGGGAGAUCAUCCGGCUGGAGGGCGACACCGCCACCAUCCAAGUCUACGAGGAGACCGACGGCCUGACGGUUGGCGACCCAGUGUACUGCACGGGGAAGCCGCUNGACACCGCCACCAUCCAAGUCUACGAGGAGACCGACGGCCUGACGGUUGGCGACCCAGUGUACUGCACGGGGAAGCCGCUCUCACUCGAGCUCGGCCCCGGAAUCAUGUCGGAGAUCUUUGACGGUAUUCAGCGCCCCCUCGAUACUAUUUACCGUAUGGUGGAAAAUGUGUUCAUUCCCAAGGGUGUGCAAGUAAAAGCGCUCAAUGAUCACAAAAUGUGGGAUUUCACACCACGUGUGCGGGUUGGUGACCUUGUGACAGGCGGCGACAUUCUCGGAACAGUCGUUGAGAACUCACUGAUGAACAAUCACUCCAUCAUGGUGCCCCCGAACGUUCAGGGGCGGAUCACAUCGGUUGAGCCGUCGGGUAACUACACACUUCAGGACAACAUUGUGGAAUUGGAACACAAUGGUAAGAAGCGCACUCUCAAAUUAAUGCACCGCUGGCCCGUGCGAACGCCGCGACCAGUGGCUGUAAAGGAGUCUGGCAACCAUCCCCUUCUUACUGGUCAGCGUGUACUGGAUGCCCUCUUCCCCUCCGUGCAGGGCGGCACGUGUGCGAUUCCGGGUGCCUUCGGUUGUGGCAAGACAGUUAUUAGCCAGGCGCUGUCUAAAUACUCAAACAGCGACGCUGUGAUUUAUGUUGGUUGCGGAGAGCGCGGCAAUGAAAUGGCGGAGGUGCUCAUGGACUUCCCCACCCUUACCACUGUUAUUGAUGGCCGUGAGGAAUCUAUCAUGAAGCGCACGUGUCUCGUAGCGAAUACUUCCAAUAUGCCCGUGGCAGCGCGUGAGGCCUCCAUCUACACCGGCAUCACCCUCGCAGAGUACUACCGUGAUAUGGGCAAGCACAUUGCCAUGAUGGCGGACUCCACUUCACGCUGGGCAGAGGCUCUGCGUGAGAUUUCUGGUCGCCUGGCCGAGAUGCCUGCGGAUGGUGGCUACCCUGCCUACCUCAGUGCCCGUCUGGCAUCCUUCUACGAGCGUGCAGGCCGCGUCACGUGCAUCGGAGGCCCGAAGCGCGAGGGCUCUGUCACGAUUGUUGGCGCCGUUUCACCGCCAGGUGGUGACUUUUCUGAUCCUGUGACGUCCGCCACGCUUGGUAUUGUGCAGGUCUUCUGGGGUCUGGAGAAGCGCCUCGCACAGCGUAAGCACUUCCCCUCAGUUAACUGGCUCAUUUCGUACUCGAAGUAUUUGAAGGUGCUGGAGCCGUUCUUUAAUACCUUUGAUUCAGAUUACAUGCGCCUGCGUUCCGUUUCCGCUGAAAUUCUGCAGCGCGAGGAGGAACUCCAGGAAAUUGUGCAACUGGUCGGUAAGGACUCCCUCUCUGAGUCGGACAAGAUCAUCCUGGAAACUGCCAAGAUCAUUCGUGAGGAGUUCCUGCAGCAGAAUGCUUUUACCCCCUACGACAAGUUUUGUCCACUGUACAAGACGUGCUGGAUGCUGCGCAACAUUGUCACUUUCUACGAGGAGGGACAACGCGUUGUGGCGGAGUCCGCCGGCGACCAGAAGAUUACAUGGAACUACAUUCGUGAGAAGAUCCCGCACAUCUACACUGGUCUCACCGAGAUGAAGUUCCGGGACCCCGCGGAAGGAAAGGAGGUGAAUAUCGACUAUUUCAAGAAGCAGAACGAGGAUAUUGUCCUUGCAUUUGCUUCUCUUUUGCAGUAG